CUUUCAUAUCAUCAUCUCUACCGUAAUUGAUCGCUUCUCCUUCCCUUUGUUUCUUUUUGCUCUUUCCGUCCUCUCUGUCUUUGCCUUUCAUUCUCUUCAUCAGCAACGCAUUCAAUUCACAUACUCUGUCAUCGUUCCAAUGGAUUCGAAUUAUACUCACGCGCUCGAUUCUUGGUGGAUAAAUCCACCCGAUCAUUCUCAAACACUACAGGAGCCCGUACCAUUUGAAGAUUUCAAGUUCAGUUUUGGAUUGGAUUCGGAUCUUGCCAUGGUGAUUCCUCCCGUCGAACCAUCUUUGACUUCCGGUCCACCAGACCCCAUGUUUACCAAUAACGUGUUGUUAGAUGAAGACGAUCAAAAAGCAUUUAGCGAAUUUCUCGAUACCUUCCUCAUUGAGCAACAAGAACCGGAAUCACCAAAACACAGCAUGUCCCUUCCACAUCUGUAUCACCCAAUCAAUGAUCCCGAGCCUAUCCAGUAUAAUUCCAUCCUGUCCGAGGAACAAGCGGAAGAAAGACGACGCAGCUCUAUUCUUCAAUCCCUGGAUGAACAAAAACGUCUUCACCAACGUCUCAACUUACUUGCCACCAUGCCGCGGGCCGCCAAUCUCCUCCUGUCGAUGCCCACUUCACCUCAAGACCCAUCCCUCUCCACAUCUUCCCCUUCUUCUACUUCUUCCCCUUUUUCCAUGUCCACUCACCGCCAAAGAUCGCCCUUCUCCGCUUCCUCGAGCAAAAAACGCCAAUCGUCGAUGGAUUCCUCUGACUACCCUGUCAAACGCACUCGUCACAAAGAUCUGUUGACCGAGGAAGAGAAGCGAGCCAAUCAUAUUGCCAGUGAGCAGAAGCGACGUAGCACGAUUCGAUCUGGAUUCAAAGAUUUGACCGACCUUGUGCCUACACUGAAGAACAUUAACAAUUCCAAAAGCACCGUGCUGUUCAAAGCGGUGGACUUUAUCAAACAUCUCGAGAAACGCAAUCGAGGUUUACGGGAUAAGAUUCAGCAACUCGAAGCACGAGUCAGGGUCCAAGGAGUUCAAUUACCAUCCAAUCCACCUCACCGAUCCUCCGUCUCCUCCUUGUCGGAUCCCGCUUCCGCUUCUUCUUCCGCAUCCUCUUCGUCUUCCUCAAAUGCCUCUUCCCUGUUAUCACCGUCAACCUCCUCUUCCUCUAUUUCUUCUUCAUCUGCUUCAUCUGCCCCACCCACGUCUUCCAAACAUGCUUCCCUGUCACCACCUUCUUCAUCCCCCAAUUCGGUUUCGAUGAUGUCGUCUAUGCCUUUUUUCAACGGGCAUAAACCCGUGCGAGCCGGUGCGGCCGCGGCGUUGAUGAUUCAUAAAUCGCAACAACAGCAAUUGUUGGCGCUGCAGGAACAGCUUCAAAUCCAUCAAAAACGAUUAGCCCAGCAACAGGAAAUGAAAGAACGCGCUUUACGAGCCGCUGCAAAAAGGAAUGCUGCUAAAGUCAAGGCGACUGUGUCUGCCUAAAAUCUACGUAGAUGACGCUCGGUCGGUGCGAUCUCACCCAACCUACUUUUGUAUCUUCUGGUUCCCGUAUUCUAUUUAAAUCACCAUUGUAUAAUCUCCGUUAUCUGUUUCCCUUGCCUAUAUUGCCCUUUUUUCCAUUUCUGUUGUCCGUGUGUUCUUUGCAUAUUUUGUACGUUGUUCUUCUUUCCUGUUUGUUAUUGAUCGCACGAGUUUAUGCCCAUGUGCUGAUAAGAUAAGACUACUUUUUAUUGUAUGUUGUCAAAGUUCAAAAUACAGUUGUGCAUCUCGG